AUGCGCGAUCUAUUACGAACACAAAUACGUUGGGAAUCAAUAGAUAAUAAAUCUUUUAGACUAAAAGAUUUAUUAAAAACAGAACAAUUACCAAUAAUUGUUAAUAUAACAUCAUCAUUCAAUAUAAAUAAACGUUCAAUACGUUCAAUAUUUACACGUGAUACACCAUUAUUAUUAAUACAACAAGAAAAAAUUGAUUCAAUUUUAGCACAAUGUCAUCAAACAAAAUAUCGACGUCGAACACAAGCAAAACUUAUAGUAGCAACAAAAUUUCGUACAAUAAAAAAUUUAUCACGUUCAACAAAUUCUCUUGUAAUGACAAAUGGUAAUAAUAUUAAUAAUGAUUUAAAAGAAGAAAAUUUAAGACAAUCACUUUUAAAAUUAAUUAAUGAAAAUAGUCGUCAUCAAACACUUUGUCGAAUACCAUUAAUUUAUGAUGGACUCUUUGAAAUAUUAAAUGAAAAUGGAUUGGCAAUUGAACCAUGUAAAUAUGUAUCUGAAUUACAAUUAACAAAUAAUAUUGAUGGUGAUAAUGAUAAAAAUUGGGAAAAAUGGCCAAGUCGAGUUUUAUUACGAAAAAAUUGUACAGUUUAUUUAACAGCAAAUUUAGAUGAAAAAGAGACAAUAAUUUCUGAUAAUCGAAAAGAUCGUCAAUUAUCAUCGAGUGAUUCAUGUUAUGGUUCAUCAUCUUCUGAUUUAAUUGAUUCACAUAAAAUUAUUACAUUAUUAAAUCGUAGUGAACAAUUACAAGCUGGUGAAAUUAUUUCUAUAGUUAAUGUUUGUUAUGGACGAUUAUUAGAUAAUAAUCGAAAAAAAUGUGAUACAAAUGAUUAUUCUAUAGAUAAUGAAUCAAAAAAUCCAAUGAAUACAAGUUCAAAUAGUUUUUCAUCAUCUUGGCUUCGAAAUAUUACAAAACCACGAUUAUUAUUUUCAAAAAAAUUUAGAAAAUCUAUAUUAGCCGAUGAUACAUUGGUAUCGACAAAACAUAAUAUUGUUGAACAAUUAUCAACUGUAUCACAUGAACGUUAUUUAAAAUGUAAAACAGAAAAUGAUCAAAUUGUUUAUAUAUCUUUUAGUGAAAAUGGUUUAUUUAGUCCAAUACGAACAUUAGAAUCAAAUGAAUUAGAUGAUAUUACUGGUGUAUUUAAUCUCAAAGAUUUAAUACGAAAUUUUCGUUUUCCACUCUCUGUACAAUCAGUUAAAAAUACUGAAAUAAUUGAUUUUUUUUCUAUGGAAAAUCGUCAAUCAAAUGAAUUAUCUAAUAAAUUACGUUUAUUAACAACAUAUAGUGAACAUGUUGUAUGGGUAUGUCCAUUAACAACAAAUAAUUUAAUGGCAAAAAAUAAAUUAAUUAUACCAUUACCAUUAAUUUCUGAUAUUUAUUUUCAUCGUUGUAUAAAUAUGAAAGAUAUAUUAAAAUCAAAAUAUUAUCAAGAAUUUUUUAUUGAUUGUUUUCAAACAAUAAAACAAUAUGAAAAUAGAAUAUCAAAAAUUGAUUUUCCAUUAGAUAUUGAAUCACCAUCAUUAUUAAAUAAUCAUCCACGAUAUAAAAAACGUUCACAAUCCGAAUUUUAUUAUGAACCAAUUGUAAUUUCUAAUAGUUUAGAAAAAUCUAAUAAUCAUUAUUCUUAUUCAUCUGAAAAUAUAAAUAAUAAUAUUUCUAAUAAUCGUUUAUUCUAUUGUGCUUCAUCAUCUUCAUCAUCAUCAUCAUUAUCUGUCCAUAAUUAUUCAAAUGAGAAAAUAAAAAUGAAUGAUUCAUUACAAUAUCGAGAUAGUUUUGAAAAAAUAAAAGAAAAACUUUCAAAUUCAAUGAAUUAUCAUGAACAAAAUUCACAAACAAAUAAUCGUUCAUAUUAUUCAAGAAUAAAAUUAGAUAAUAGUAUAAAUUCUUUAAAAUAUCGAUCAAGAAAAAAAUCAAUACCACAAAUUGAUGAUAAUUUUAAACGAUCACCAUUUAUUCAACAUAAAAUAAUUGAAGAUACAAAUUAUAAUGACAUUGAUCAAUUAUAUGAUUAUAUUCGAACAGGUAUUAUGUCAAAUAAUAUAUUACAAAUUAUGAAUCUUUCAACAGAAAAUUUAUCUAAUAAUAAUAAUGAACAGUAUUAUGAUGCAAAUGAAAGUUAUAAAACAGAUAAUUCAGAAUAUUCAAUAAAUAAAAUAAAAAUAGAUAAUGUUAUGUAUAUUAGUCAAUCACCAAAGAAAAUGAGAAUAAACAAUGAUUUAAAACAAAAUAGUCCAAUAUUAAUUAGUAAAAAACAACAUCAAAAAUCAAAGGUUAAUUCCACAACAUUAGACGUUGAACAUGAAAUAUUGGUGAAUAAAAAUAAAACAAAGUCCCGUCGAUUUUCUAAGUAUAAUGGCAAUCAAUCACUAAAUAGUAUUACCAAUAAUAUUGUUGAGAAAACGAAAAAACAAAAUUAUAAUAAUGUUAGUCUAGAAAAUAUUGAUUUUCAAUCAUGUACUGAAUACAAAAUAGAUGAUGAUAGUAACAAAGUGAAGAAAUACAAAAAACAACAACAUGAACAACAACAACAACAACCAUCGAUAAGACAACAUCCACAAACUGAAGCACUGGUCACGUAUACUACUUCAGCGAGAAAAAAUAAAAUUGAACCAAAAGUUAUUAAUUUAAUAGAUGAAAACGAUCGAAAUAUGUCAGCAAAAUCAUCUAAUUCAAAAAAGAUUUAUUAUCGUGUCUGA